UUUGAACACCAAUGAGUGUGGACGGUGCUGGGUUUCAUCAGGAGUAACUAUUUAACUGUUCAAUGCCACUGAAGUGGCAACGAACAUUUAUUUAUUGUACGGACUUUAUUCGAAUGCUGGUGUGAACUAAUUGCCGUGCUGGUCAUUUUUUUCUGGGGUUACAUGUGCAAAUAUUCAUCAGUUUCUAACUGGAACGAGAUACUGCAGUUGACCUUUAUGUAAUUGUGCGCUGUGCGUCUUUGGAACAGCCAUGCUUGCCGCGAGAAGUCUGUUCAAAAUCUUUGCUGUUGGUUUUAUUGUCGCCCUUGCAAUAAAAACCUGCAAUGGCCAAGAAUUGGUUUCGGAUGAUUUGGACGAUAUCUCGUUAAUUGGUCGCGAUCCCCGACUAAUCUACAAUCACGUCAACAUUCCUGUCAUCCGUCGUGCGGAUGUCUCGAUACGAUCGCCGCGUCCAGCUCCGCUGAUCGCCGGUCAGCGGAUAUUCAGCCGCCUGGCCGAUGGAUCACGCAGCUCACAUUCCAGCUUCUUGCCCGAAAGGUCAUCACCAUCCCAGGGUUUAUACUGGAUGCGCAAUCCGGCGCAGUUUGCCGCAUCAGCGGAGUCAUCCGGUGCGGCAGCGGACGACACCCGGCGGAUGUGGCGCGUACCGACAGCCGGCCGAUCGCGAUCGCAUCCGCCGCUGUGGGCAUUACUGUCCCCGCGGCGUGUCCGUGGAUUACAGUAUGAUUUCGAUUAUUAGUCCCAAAAAAACGGAAUCCAUGGAUUCCUGGAAUCUGAUUCUGCGAGUAUUCUCCGUGAUGAACUUUCACGAUAACCAUUUUAUUUUGAUCAAAUUUUAAUGAGUAUUGCAACUUGAACAUGACUGCGUGGUGAAUAUGAUAUGCACGAUAUUUUUGGAUUGAUACAGUAGUGUGCGUCCAUGCAACUUUAAUAAGUAUUAAGUUAAAUGCUGCUCCUUGCCGAGAAAAUUAGUGUUUAGAAUCUCUACUGUACCCAUUCGAUUAAAAUACGUAA